CCGCGCCUGGUAGAGAUUUUUUGAAAAGACCAGUGGGCCCGUUCCGAGCCCUUUGGACCGCCCGUGUGGAACCAAACCUGCGCGCGUGGCCGGGCCGUGGGACGACGAGGCCGCGGAGACGUGUCUCUCAGGAAGGUGCAAUGGCGAGGAAGUUAUCUAUAAUCUUGAUCCUGACCUUCACCCUCUCCGUCACAAAUCCCCUUCAUGAACUAAAAUCAGCAGCUGCUUUCCCCCAGACCACUGAGAAAAUUAGUCCGAAUUGGGAAUCGGGCAUUAAUGUUGACUUGGCAAUUACCACACGGCAGUAUCAUCUACAACAGCUUUUCUACCGCUAUGGAGAAAAUAAUUCUUUGUCAGUUGAAGGGUUCAGAAAAUUACUUCAAAAUAUAGGCAUAGAUAAGAUUAAAAGAAUCCAUAUACACCAUGACCAUGACCAUCACUCGGACCAUGAGCAUCACUCGGACCACGAGCAUCACUCUCACCGUAAUCAUGCUGCUUCUGGUAAAAAUAAGCGGAAAGCUCUUUGCCCAGAACAUGACUCAGAUAGUUCAGGUAAAGAUCCUAGAAACAGCCAAGGGAAGGGAGCUCACCGACCAGAACAUGCCAAUGGUAGAAGGAAUGUCAAGGACAGUGUUAGUACUAGUGAAGUGACCUCAACUGUGUACAACACUGUCUCUGAAGGAACUCACUUUCUAGAGACUAUUGAGACUCCAAGACCUGGAAAACUCUUCCCCAAAGAUGUAAGCAGCUCCACUCCACCCAGUAUCACAGAAAAGAGCCUGGUGAGCCGGCUGGCUGGUAGGAAAACAAAUGAAUCUAUGAGUGAGCCCCGAAAGGGCUUUAUGUAUUCUAGAAACACGAAUGAAAAUCCUCAGGAGUGUUUCAAUGCAUCAAAACUACUGACAUCUCAUGGCAUGGGCAUCCAGGUUCCGCUGAAUGCAACAGAAUUCAACUAUCUCUGUCCAGCCAUCAUCAACCAAAUUGAUGCUAGAUCUUGUCUGAUUCAUACAAGUGAAAAGAAGGCUGAAAUCCCUCCAAAGACCUAUUCAUUACAAAUAGCCUGGGUUGGUGGUUUUAUAGCCAUUUCCAUCAUCAGUUUCCUGUCUCUGCUGGGGGUUAUCUUAGUGCCUCUCAUGAAUCGGGUGUUUUUCAAAUUUCUCCUGAGUUUCCUUGUUGCACUGGCCGUUGGGACUUUGAGUGGUGAUGCUUUUUUACACCUUCUUCCGCAUUCUCAUGCAAGUCACCACCAUAGUCAUAGCCAUGAAGAACCAGCAAUGGAAAUGAAAAGAGGACCACUUUUCAGUCAUCUGUCUUCUCAAAACAUAGAAGAAAGUGCCUAUUUUGAUUCCACAUGGAAGGGUCUGACAGCUCUAGGAGGCCUGUAUUUCAUGUUUCUUGUUGAACAUGUCCUCACAUUGAUCAAACAAUUUAAAGAUAAGAAGAAAAAGAAUCAGAAGAAACCCGAAAAUGAUGAUGAUGUGGAGAUUAAGAAGCAGUUGUCCAAGUAUGAAUCUCAACUUUCAGCAAAUGAGGAGAAAGUAGAUACAGAUGAUCGAACUGAAGGCUAUUUACGAGCAGACUCACAAGAGCCCUCGCACUUUGAUUCUCAGCAGCCUGCAAUCUUGGAAGAAGAAGAGGUCAUGAUAGCUCAUGCUCAUCCACAGGAAGUCUACAAUGAAUAUGUACCCAGAGGGUGCAAGAAUAAAUGCCAUUCACAUUUCCACGAUACACUUGGCCAGUCAGACGAUCUCAUUCACCACCAUCAUGACUACCAUCAUAUUCUCCAUCACCACCACCACCAAAACCACCAUCCUCACAGUCACAGCCAGCGCUACUCUCGGGAGGAGCUGAAAGAUGCCGGCAUCGCCACUCUGGCCUGGAUGGUGAUAAUGGGUGAUGGCCUGCACAAUUUCAGCGAUGGCCUAGCAAUUGGUGCUGCUUUUACUGAAGGCUUAUCGAGUGGUUUAAGUACUUCUGUUGCUGUGUUCUGUCAUGAGUUGCCUCAUGAAUUAGGUGACUUUGCUGUUUUACUAAAGGCUGGCAUGACCGUUAAACAGGCUGUCCUUUAUAAUGCUUUGUCAGCCAUGCUGGCGUAUCUUGGAAUGGCAACAGGAAUUUUCAUUGGUCAUUAUGCUGAAAAUGUUUCUAUGUGGAUAUUUGCACUUACUGCUGGCUUAUUCAUGUAUGUUGCUCUGGUUGAUAUGGUACCUGAAAUGCUGCACAAUGAUGCUAGUGACCACGGAUGUAGUCGCUGGGGAUAUUUCUUUUUACAGAAUGCUGGGAUGCUUUUGGGUUUUGGAAUUAUGUUACUUAUUUCCAUAUUUGAACAUAAAAUCGUGUUUCGUAUAAAUUUCUAGUUAUGGCUAAAAUGCUAGAGUAGCUUAAAAAGUUGUCAUAGUUUGAAUAGCUUAUAGGGAGAUGAGUUUGUAUGCUGUACUAUGCAGCAUUUAAAGUUAGUGGGUUUUGUGAUUUUUGUAUUGAAUAUUGCCGUCUGUUACAAAGUCAAUUAAAGGUACGUUUUAAUAUUUAAGUUAUUCUAUCUUGGAGAUAAAAUCUAUAUGUGCAAUUCACUGGUAUUACCAUUUUAUUAUGUAAACAGAUUUGGCAUGACAUGUUCUGUAUAUUUCAGGAAAAAAUGUCUUUAAUGCUUUUUCAAGAACUAACACAGUAAUUCCUGUACUGGAUUUUAGAUCUCUAAGGAACUGCUGGUGUUUAGGAAUAAGAGUAUGCAUGAAGCCUAAAAUACCAAGAAAGCUUAUACUGAAUUUAAGCAAA